AUGAAUGUAUCAAAUGCGCGUCCAACAGCCAUCUUGGCUGGAUAUCUUAUCGCUUGCGUAACCUGCGCUGGCAUCAGCAUCAGGACCAUCUACCGUCAAGCCGCGUCUUCAAAGGCUGUAUCGCGUCGCCCAUAUAUGAUCAUUGUCUUCAGCGCUUUGGCCACUUUAAGCCUUGCCACGACCUGGUACCACAAGUUUGGUUUCUUCAAGUGGUCCUACCAGCAAUGGGAGUCUACGCGCCUCGAAAAGCUUGACAACGAGCUUCAUCUCGGAGAAUGGCUGCGUGAUACCAAGCUUUUCAAGCAGGCUUGGGUGUCGACUCUGGAGCGACCCCCUAGAGCCAUCUGGUCGCUGCAAAUAUUUGCUUUCUGCGCGAACUGGAGCGUGAUGCUGGCAUGGCAAGAUACAAAAAGAAGGAUCCCUCAUCUCUGGAUCUUUAUGCUCCUGGGUCAGAUUGUAGCUAUUUCUUUUGCUGCGAACCUGUCUUUCUUGGCAUUUAUUGUAUUCGAGGAUGCGGAUACGUCCAAAUCCGACAAAGAGAACGAGACCAUAUCAUACUCAACCGAGAGCCACGCACUGCUACGCACAUCAUGGCUUGCAGUCCUAGCACUUACGGUGGGCUGCGCCCUCGCUAUCCCAAGCAACCUUGAUCAUUCCAAGUUUAUGUAUCUUCUUCUCGCUCCUCACGUUCUGGCAUUCGUUCCACUUCUGCUCAACAAAUUCAUAGGCAGUCAACCUGUAGUGAUGGAUGAACAACCGUCACGAAGUUCUCGGGCCAGCGUCAGGGCUCUUAUUGUUGCAACCGGAGUUUGGCAGUUGUUCAGGUCAGGAGGAGAAUGGGGAGAUGCUAUGAGCGCUCUAUAUGAACACCUAGCUGUGAGCAGCGUCGGGUGGGAUGUUAUUUGCUGUUGGAUCAGUUUCUCCAUGUGGUUCUUUGUGCGCUUCGCCGAUGAAUACGAAAAGAGACAUGGUUAUCGUCCUUUUUUCUUUUGA